CCCAUUCCAAAUGUUAUCAGAAUAGGCACUUGCCAAGUAGGGUAUGGUUACUUUGCAUGAAGUCCUCAGUGCAUUUCUUUCCCAUUAUUUUUUUCCCAGUUUUCACCUUUAAGCCAAGUAAGCUUUCAGCAUGCCCAGCAUCCUGCUAAUUCCAUGCCUUUUGCAGAAUCACUUUUAUUUUGGACAGGUCCAAAUAAACCAGGGUUCUUGUGUGGGAAUUUCUCCAAUUUCUUCCACUGUCACAAUUAAUUAAUUUAGCUUUGUUUCGAUGUCCUUGUUCUGUCUCACUGCUUCUUUUAUACCCUGCUCUUCAGUUGUCUUCAAAGCUUGUGAAAAGGUUUCUAACUUCAGUAGCCAUAGGAAAUUAUUUAUUACUAGUUCUGAUGGCUUCUGAUAGUUGGUUUUUAGACUCUAUUUUACCUUUGCUUUGUUGUGGUUUUACACUUAAUGGGGGUCAUGAUAAUUUCAAUUUUCCUCAUUUGGAUGCAAGGUCAGCUUGUUGAAGAAUGCAUGCUGAUAAUCCCUUUGGCUUGACAUUUUAGCCACAUCAGCUUCUUUUGCCUUUUGUCAAAUCUUCUCAGGAGGUACUAGGUAUUGUCUCUGGGCUGCCAAUGUGAUGCCCCUCUGUAACCUCCAUGCCACUUGCGAUGACUGAAUUCCCUCAGCUGCCCCUCUCCAUUCUGACUGGCUUGUAACAAGUGUCUCACUUCCCUGCAGCUUCCACCACAGCUGUGCUCAACUUCAAAAGGGGAUUUUUUUUUUUUGGAAUGUGUGUGGUCACAGCUUUAGGAUUCAAGUCCUUCUCUUUGCUUACGAAUUCAAUUUUAACUCAACUGGUUCAACUUGAUUUUUAAAAGAAGUAAGGCACGUGCAAUGGUGCUGUCUCCUCUGCUGUGAAGUGGACCUGCUUGCUAAAUUGGGUGAAACUGGCUGUGAGGUGAAAGGCUUGCAGAUAGUACCUUAUGCAAACUUCAUUGACAGGUAGGGGAGAAAGAGUAUUAGUGCUUCUGCUGCCUUCUGUUUGGGUCAGCUACCCAAGUGGUGCCCACUGAAGAGCAACCACCUAAAGGCAGCAGCUGGAGCAUGAGUAAUGAGGGAAAGCAAAGCAGGACUGUUGUGGCAAGCAAACACACAAGUCCUAGAAAGGAGGGGACUUGCAAGGUAUGUGGGAGUUAGGACCAUGGGAGGUACCUGGCAGUGCUGAGUGGGGAUGAGAUGAAAGAUGUCUGUGAGGAAACACAGGUAUUGUGAGAGGACAAGGUGUACUGUGUGGGGUGGACAGAACACAGGUGGAGGGGGAAGGGAGAAACAGCAGUGGGAAUGCAAGGAAAAGAAGUGUGAGUUUGGUGGGGUUUUUAAGCUAGGUUUUCUUUUUUUUCUGUUUUCAGCCCUACAACUAACUGCUGGGCUUGAUUCUCCAUAUCUCCCACCCAUUUACAUGCCAUCAGUGCAUAUGAAAUUCAAAGCACAAAUUUUACCUUCACGAAUAUCACUUCACUGUUGUUGCACAAGAGCCCAGCAUUGCAUACUAUGGAAGUGUGGUUAAGGGUUGCAUUUUGACAGCAAGCAACAACUCUGAUGGCUGCACAGGAAGAAUUGAGCUGUUUCCUGAUGUUUGAGCACAAUCUAGUGUAUUCUAAUAAAAUCAGCAGUUAGAUCCUGAAUUUGCUUUGAAAUUCCUCAGCUAUGUUUGCAGGUGGCAAUGGCAAAAAGCUCAUAAAGCUACACUGUGACUUCCUUCUCUGUCUGCUGAUUGCAUUUCCCAUUUCCUCACCGUGGAAAGUUUGAAACUCUGCCGGGAAGUAAGCCUUUGCCUCAUUGGACUGUGAGCCUGUUGUGGUUUCACUGGUGAGGGGCAGGGGGAACCAUGCAGAGGAUUAGCCUGACUGAAAUCUCAGCGUGAAAUCUGAGAGCAUAACUAGGUUUCAGCAAAAACUUAGGGAGGCUUAAUUCCAGUGAGAGGGCCAAGCCUGAAGACGAAGGGAAGUGCUGGAAGGAUGUUGGAAAGAAAAGCAGGCAGCAUGCAUCUUCUCAAGGGACCAGGCUUCUGUCCUGCAGCUGCUCUUCUUCUAUAAAAGUCACCCUCUUUGCACACAAUACAAAAAGGAGAAGUGAAGCCAGCUCAGUGCACAUGAGGAGGCUCCUUGGUAAAGAAAUCCAGCUACAUAUGCCCCAUUCUGUUUAGGGGCAGUUCUCCAUAGUCUGUGUUCAGAUGUCCACUACAUCCUUCCCUUGCCCUUUACCUUCUGUCACAUUGUUCCCCUCUGUUGUCUGUUGCAUGUUCUUCCUUGCACUGUCCUAGGUCACCUCCAACUCUGCCCUGCAUACCCUCCAUGCUAGCUCCCUGGAUGUCCUGCUAGUGGGUCAUUCUGAUCUGCCUUGAGGAAAUUCUAGCUAGCCAAAUUAACCAAGCAAAGCUUCUUCCUUCUUUCUGGUUGUUUUGAGACCUUAUUGUGGCUUUUAAAUACUUAGAGGGGGCUUAUAAGAAAGAUGGAGGGAGACUUUUUACUAGCACCUGUAGUGACAGGACAAGGGGCAAAGAUUUUAAACUGAAGGAAGCUAGAUCCAGAUUAGAUAUAAGGAAGAAUUUUUUUUAUGUUGAGGGUGGUGAGGCACUGGGACAGGUUGCCCAGAGAGGUUGUGGAUGCCCCCUCCCUGGAAGUGUUCAAGGCCAGGUUAGAUGGGUCUUUGGGCAACAUGGCCUAGUGGAAGAUGUCCCUGCCCGUGGCAGGGGGGUUGGAACUACAUGAGCUUUAAAGGUCCCCUCCAAUCCAAACCAUUCUGUGAUUCUUGAGUCCUAUCUGCUGAUUGAGCCCUUCUCACCCUUUUUCUCCAGGGUAUCCUGACUCAUUGGCUUUUCUUCUGAGAAGUCUUUCUGAUUCAGUGUGUAUCUCAGUAGCCGUUUCCCUUAACUGUCUCCUUUCAACAUUUGCCGCAGCUUGAAAUCAGACUAAACAGUAGGCUGACAUUUUCCCCAAUAUCAGAGGCCUUUACCAGACAGCAGAAAAGUGAGAUAAAUGACAGCAAAAAAUAUAAAGCAGCCCUUUUCAGCCUCAGAAAUGGAGCCUGACUCCCUGAAGCAAGCACUACUCUGAACUUCCACAGGCUGUAAAUCAGGUUGUGAUAGAGAGGUCUCCGUGUGUGCUCUUCCCAAUAACCUCUUAAACCAUCAACACCAUUUUUUUUUAUUCCACUUUGCUUGUUCUCCUGCCUGACCCUGGCCUCAUCCUUCUGCUUCUCCUUGGAUAUAUCCAACUUCUGAUUAUUUCUAUUGCUCUGCCUAAGGCUGCAACUCCCCGAUCUCACUUCUACAGGAACAGUUCCUCAUUUGAGAUUUAUUCUAGUGCUAGCUGCCAACUGGGGCUGACUUUCCAGGAUGAGACAUAGCAUGUGAUAUUUGAUGUAGUAAAAGCAGCUUAACCAUAAGAGACAAGUGAGGGCAGAAUGCAUUUUGUAUUGGGCUGUGCUGCAGGUUAAGCUGGACUAAGACGCAUGAUAGAUGCAAACCUAAGAGCAAUGGCAGAAUUACUAACAGACAAAGAAAGGCAUGAAAAUAAGGGUAGGAGAGAGGGUAAAAAAAGAAGUAUGAAAAAAGAAAAAAAUCCAAGAGAUCUUAAAAAGGAAACCCGUCAGCUGAGAAUCUGAUGUGGGGAAGAAGGAGUGCAACUUCCUUUUCAGUUGUUAGGUUCUCAUUUUGUUUUUUCUCUCAGAAGUUUCCAUUGUUCCGAGGCUGAUUUCCUGGGCCAAGAAACUGAAGAUCUGUUCAGAGCAUUUCUGAGUUCCCAGGAAUUCUCAGAUUAUUGCCAGUGCUUCCAGUGUUCAGCACAGCCUUCUUUGACAGACAGAGGGUGAAUGAACAGAUGGGAAAGGCUCAGUAACUUAUUGGUAUCUCCCUCUGGAACCAGGGACCAAAAAGACCCACCUUUUACAUAUCAAAACUAAGGACAGGGAUCCAUAUGAUUAAAUGGCAUCAGAAAUCACCUACGCUGAGCUGAAAUUCAAGAAUGCAUCACCAGCUCCAGUGGUCGAAGUACCUCCUGAGACGAAGAAGCAUGAGCACCAUCCCCAGAAAUACCCACCUUGGCUCCCGUGGCUGAUCUCACUGCUGCUUCUCUUGGUGUGCAUUGCCCUUGUUGUUGUUCUCCUUGUCAUUUCCCGCUCACAUAGCAGUGCCCAGCCCACAGUCCUGCAGCAGAAAUUCACAGAGUGGCAGUGCAUCUCGGCAGUGUCGCAAGGCAAAGAGCAAGGCUGGACAUGCUGCCCGAACAGCUGGAAACGCUUUCAAGGAAGCUGCUAUUACCUGUCAGAAGAUAUGAUGCGCUGGGCUGAAAGUGUGCAGAACUGCACUGGGAUGGGCUCCCACCUGGUGGUGAUUAACAGCGAAGCAGAGCAGGCUUUCCUCACUAAAGAGCUACCACAGUCUCCAAGAAGAGCAAAUUACUACAUUGGUCUGCAUGCGCGGGAGGUGGGCAAGUGGCGCUGGGUGGACCAGACUCCAUUUAAUGAGGAGGGAGCGUUCUGGAGGCCAGAUGAACCAAGUAAUGUGGCAGUUGAGAUGUGCGUUGUUAUCCAUACGAUUUCAGAAAUACGCAACUGGAAUGAUGCUCGAUGUGAGGACCAUUAUCGAAUUUGUGAAGCUGCAGCAGUAACUCUGAUGGAGCAACCCUCAUCUUGAGUAAAACUGAGAGAUGAGCAGUGAGCUGGGAACAGCUCAGGGCUGUGUUGGGAGGGGUGGGGGGCCCUGGAUCCUGCACCUUCAGUCUUCUGGUUGAGAGGAUGUGAGUGGAAGUGAUAUUAUGCUGUGUCCAGCAUGCCUAGUGCACGUAUCGGCUCAGGGAACACAUGAAGGCUCAGGGUCAUCAAAGCAGGUCCUGGGCUCUUGCGUCCUCUUCCCUCUGAGUGGGUGCAGCAGCCACUGGGUGAAAAGAGGUUGAAUUCUCCAGAAAGAAGACACAGGAAUGGAAGACAGAUGUUCAGAGAUGUGAUUUCCUUUGUCUCCCUGAGCAGUGGUGUCUGCUUUUUCUUGGGGCAGACAGAGAAUGUCCUCUAAUUGCACUGAUUUCCUAUAAAAGAGAAAAUACAAAUUAGACCAAUGAAAAA